CAGGUCCCAACGACUCACUUCACAACUUUCACGUUUACUUAAUCCUUCCGCGCCAGCAGCAACAGCCAAAAGAUCAAUCGCUCGAUCGUCAGGGCAGGUACAGAUACUUAUUUCCCAUAGUCAAUAUUUAAUAUCGUUUUCUAAUCGGAACUGUAGUUGUACCUGUUGUCUCCUCUAGAGCUGUCAGACUAGCUCGAACCAACUGAGUUAACUCAGUCCUGUACUUCCAUGACACGUGAAGCCAAGGCAAAAUAGAGCAGAAGUUACGUAGUUCGUCCGCAUGGAGAUGAAAAUAGAGAAAAGACAAACAGCUACGUUUCUCUUGAUCCGUUUGUCGGCUUUUAAUUUUUACUUCCGAAACAAUUGAUCUGCUUCGGUAUGGGAGUUGUAGUUUUGUUUUUCUCCCCGAUCGAGUCAAGUGUGCCCAAAACUAAUACGAGAGAGUCAUGACGAGUUAUCUUUGACGCUGUAUUAGUUUUAAAAUCCCGUUUCAGUUCAAGUAUAGAAUCGAAACAGCGUUGAACUAAACGCUAUCGGACAAUAUCAACCAAAUGUUGCAUUUAUUUGUUUGAUAACCAAUGACUUAGGAUGACUCGAUUUAUUGUGCUGCGAAAUCUCCCUGUCAAAGGGUCCACUAACAAGCAAUAGUGUAUUAUAUUAAGGUUGCCAAUCUUCUGGGGUACGUUCCAUACGAAUACACGAGAUUAGUGCAAAAAUAUACGUCAAGUCACACGGUUUGUGCAGUACUCUGGACUCCAUUUCCCAUGAUUCAAGUGCAACUACAGCAGCGCAAUUCUCCUAGCGCAUGCGCAACAAAGCUAAACAGAUAUGUUGGCCAAAACAGCGGGUGAUAAAAUGCACAAGUUAAAGUCGUCACAGAGAGACAAGGUUCGGCAGUUCAUGUCCUUCACACAGGCAGGAGAGAGAACUGCCAUAUACUGCCUGUCACAGAAUGACUGGAAACUAGAAGUAGCAACUGACAAUUACUUCCAAAAUCCAGACCUGUACUAUAAAGAAUCCAUGAAAAAUUCAGUAGAUCGCAAGAAGCUGGAACAGCUUUAUAACAGGUAUAAAGACCCUCAGGAUGAUAAUAAGAUUGGGAUCGAUGGAAUCCAACAGUUUUGUGAUGACUUGAACCUGGACCCAGCAAGCAUGAGUAUAUUGGUAGUAGCAUGGAAGUUCAGAGCAGCCACACAAUGCGAGUUCAGCAAGAAGGAGUUCCUGGAUGGAAUGUCAGACCUUGGCUGUGACAGUCCAGACAAAUUGAAAGCCAUACUUCCCAGGCUAGAGCAGGAGCUGAAAGACACUGGGAAGUUUAAAGACUUUUACCAGUUUACCUUUAAUUUUGCCAAGAAUCCAGGGCAGAAAGGUUUAGAGUUAGAGAUGGCUGUUGCUUACUGGAAUCUUGUACUCACUGGUCGCUUCAAAUUUUUGGAUCUUUGGAACAGAUUCUUGCAGGAACAUCACAAGCGCUCUAUUCCCAAAGACACCUGGAACCUUCUUCUGGACUUUGGCAAUAUGAUUGCAGAUGACAUGUCAAAUUAUGAUGAAGAGGGGGCAUGGCCUGUUCUCAUAGAUGACUUUGUGGAGUUUGCCCGACCAAUUGUCAUGGGGGGCAAGGGUGGCAUGACAUAAUGUUUGACCCUCAUGAUGUGACUGGACUCCUAUCUUUUUUUUCUUUUGUGAAUGAUAAUUUUCAAACAAUAAGCCAAAAAGACACGUGCAGUACUCUUGUCUGCAAUGUUAUUGAACUUUGAGCCUGCAUAGGAUGCCUGGCUGUUCAUGGAUGAAGCUGCACCAAGAUGUUUUAUGUCCACUUCAGAAGUGAUGGUCUCCUGGUAUUUGUCACUUAUGGAGAAACAUCCAUCAUGCUGCUGUGGAGUUGGCUCACUUACAUAAAUCGUUUGCACAUGUAUGGGACAGUAAGAGUGAGCUUUUUGUGCAACAGCAGUUUGCGUCUUCCAUUUGCCAGUGGAUGAAUGGAACAGUACAUUAAAUCAUGCAUGUUUCUGUUGAAUGAAGUAGUGCAAUUGGCAAUCAAAGUGAGAAUUGAACAAAAUUUGCAGAUGGUUGUCAUUGUGUUUUUGGUUGGUUACAUGAUGAACAUUUAACUUGCUUUUUUUAACUAGUAAAUGGUUAUUCAUUUUUAACAUAAGUUGAAUACAGAGAUCUACGUUUUGUACUAAAAUUUGAUCGUUCAUCACAGUAGUGUGCAUUUCAUCUUCAAUACCAGCAGAGUUACAGUACUUAUAGUAUACUGUACUUAACCAUAAGUAGUUGUUCCUCAGUUUCAUACUACUUAAUACAAUCUUUUUCAGUAUGUUCAGAUUGUAAACCAAGUACGCAAGAAACUGGCACAUACCCUGGUGAUUGAUGACUUGCCAACUAGAUUUACGCUGUUUUCCCAUAUUUUGUUGCACUGUAAGCUGCUACAUCUUACGUCAACAUUCAUCAGUAUUUUAAAUGUAUUUUGUUGACUGUUUGAGCUCAUAGUUUGAUAAUAAAAUAUUACAGAAAAUGUCUCACGCUGACAUUGUCGCUGCCAUUUAGCUCUAGUUGUGAAUGAUACUAAUAUCACUGCUUGACCCAUUUGAACAGGCCCAAUGAGGUGAAGCAAAGCUAAUAUCUCCCACAUUUUCCUCACUAGUUUGUAACAAUGAGUUAUUUAUCCUGCGGUACAGUAAAUUGCACUGUUGUCCUCACGAAGCUGUCAAUUUGUGUGACUAUAAAGCCUGCAUUGGAUGCGAAUGCAACAAAACGAUUUUUAAGGAGUGACACCCAUAUUUAACAGCACCCGAUAAAUUUUGAUAUACUGUGUACUUUUGGUACACUAGGUUUGCUGGUAUACUUAUUGUGGAAAUAUGCAGAUGAUGUAAAACUUGGUCUCAGCGCAUGACAUUGUGGUUGGAAAAUGUGACAUCUUAAAGAUGGUCAUUGUGUUAUAUUGGUACAUGACUUGUUUCUGGUCACCCUAUCAGUUUUCCAUGGCAAGGAAAGAUUGUUUUCUCUCAAGGUGUAAUUAUUUUACAGAUUGUCAAUAAAGCAUGUGAGUGAAAUUAAGACAGUGCGACUAUGUCUGAUACGAUCGAUAUGACUAAGUUAUUGACUUUGCAUGACCUUGAGGGAAAUGAAUCAACUUUGUUACAGUACCUUGUAUAUGUAAUAUUUCUUAAUCCGAUGUAGUUCAUAUAUACAAAUGUAGUGGCAGUUUUACAGUUAAUGAUACAUUUUACCUCACAACGUUACCUGAUUCAGUAAACCGCAGUAUAUUAAGGGAGUAAGAUUUCAUCGAAUUUAUUACCCCCUCCCCUGAGCAGGAAGGGGUUAUGGAGGGACAGAAAGGAUGGAAGCAGACAGA